AUGAGUGCAAGCGUUGUGGCAAAUUUAACAGUUUAAUUUGGAAAGAGUUAGCUUCCUCUUUCUUAAAUAUUCAUUCUUAGAAAGAAUGUUUUUGCAACAACUAAUUUAAAGCCUGCUUGUCCAGGACAUGUUUUAGUGGCUUCAAGAAGACCAGUAAAACGUCUCCAUGAAUUGACAGAAGUUGAAACACUUGAUCUUUGGACUACGGUACAGUAGGUUUCCAGAGUCAUGGAAUAAAUACAUAAAUUCCCUUGUUAAAUCGGGGUUCAAGAUGGAACUGAUGCAGGUUAAACUAUUGAUCACGUUCAUAUUCACAUUAUUCCUUUCCCAAAAGAAUAUAGCCAAGAUGUUAUUAUGGAUAGCGAAGGUAGAAUAAAAUGCAAUUUAAAUGAGGAAAAUUAAAUUUAAAAAUAUUAUUAAAUUUAGAAAGACCUCCUAGAACAGCAGAUGAUAUGGCCAAAGAAGCUGACAAAUAUAGAACUUACUUUGAAUAAGGGUCAAACUAGUAGUAUUGAUUAAAUAUAAAUAGAUUAAAGCAUAUAAUUAAAUAGUUUUAUUAAUGUAAAUAAUAUAUUUUUAGAUGAUAUUUGUAGCUAUGUAUUUAGGUAAUGUAAUUAAUUUAUUUUAAAAUACUAUGCUUUACAAAAAUAUGAUUCAGCUAAUCAAUACAUAGAUAAAUAGAUAGAUAUUCUUUGUUUAAAAUAUAUGAUAAGCAAAAUUAGUAUUGUAGAUAAACAUUUACAUAUAAUUUUUUAUAUAAAAAUAUCAUUAAAAUUAUAAUAGGAAGGAUAGCUAAAAGUAGAUCGAUUGUUUGUUUGUUUGUUUGAUUGA